AUGGUUUCUAAUGAACAAAAGGAGAUAAAGAAUUCAUUGAUGGAAUUAACGACCUUGGUGAAACAAUUAGCUUUGAACAAUGCUACUCAACCUUCUGUUGUGCCGAAUAUGCAAUUUCCAUGUAAACAAAGCAUAGUUUGUGGCAUUUGUUCGAGUCAAGAUCACCUUUCAGAACUUUGUCCAAAUCUCAUUCAAGAUGAAUCUUUGGCAGCAUUCUCUAGAGCUCAGUUCCAACAAAAACAUGACCCGUAUUCAUCUACAUAUAAUCCGGGUUGGAAAGAUCAUCCAAAUUUGAAGUAUGGCAAUUCAUAUUCUAUCAACAUCCAUCUUCAAAUCAGCAUUUCAGCCACAAUUCCAGCAAUUUCCAGCAACCUCAGCAAGGUUUCCAGCAGCAUAAUCAGAAUUUCCAACAAGAAUUUCCAGCAAGCAAUUCCAGCACUUCCAGCACCUACAAAGAUGAGUUUAACUCAAGGAGGUUCCAAUAAUGUUUCAAAUUCAGAUCCACAGCAAGCUAGAUUAGAGGAAUUAAUGCAGCAAAUUCUUCAGCAGCAACAAAAUCAGGAAAGGCAGAUUGGGCAAUUGGCUUCUAGCAUUAAUCAGAUUCAAGCUCAGGGAUCGAGUCAAUUGCCAUCUCAAACAAUUUCGAAUCCUAAAGGGAACGUUAGUGCAUUAACUUUAAGGAGUGGGAGAAAAGUUUCAGAAUCUUCAAGAGGAAGAGCUGCUGUUGAAAAUUUUCCACAAAUCCAGCCAUCCAGUUCUAGCAAUGAAGAAUUUUCAGAAAUGCAGAAUGUGCCAACUUCAAGUUCUACCCCAAUUUGCAUUGAUCCAAUGGAUAUGGAGUGUGAACAAGGAAGAAAUAGUUGCAUUCCAGAAAUUUCCAGCAAGUUUUCUCAAAAUGGGCAGUUUCCAGCAGCAACAACUUCAGAAAGUAGCAAAUCUGGAAAUGCAGGAUUUCAGAAUUCAGAGCAGAGCAUUCCAUUGCCUUUCCCUCAACGCAAAGUUCAACCAAGGAAGAAUGUAGAGGAAGAGAAAGCAAAGGAGUUCCAAGAGCUUGUGGAUUUAUUCAGCAAGGUGGAAGUAAAUGUUCCGUUACUCACAAUGAUCAAGCAAAUUCCAAAAUAUGCAAAAGUUUUGAAGGAUCUUUGUGUGCACAAGAAGAAAUUGAAGGGGAAUGAGUUAAUUAGCAUGGGAAAGAAUGUGUCUGCACUUCUUCAAACAGUUCCUCAGAAAUGCGAAGAUCCUGGAGUUUUUACAGUUCCUUGUGAGAUUGGGAGUAAUUUGUUUAAAGAUGCCAUGCUGGAUUUGGGAGCUUCAAUUAAUGUGAUGCCAAAAUCAGUUUUUCAGACAUUAGGGAUUGGACCAUUACAACCUACAGGAGUAGUCAUUCAGUUAGCUGACCGCAGUCAGACUCACCCAGCUGGAGUUAUUGAAGAUGUAUUGGUUAAGGUGAGAGAACUUAUCUUUCCUGCAGAUUUUUAUAUCCUUGAUAUGGAGGGAGACUAUCUGGCCAGUAGAUCUCCACUCAUUCUUGGACGACCAUUUUUGAAGACUGCAAGGACCAAGAUUGAUGUUCAUGCGGGCACACUUUCUAUGGAGAUAGGAGACACAGUGGUCCGAUUCAAGGGUGGUAUAGGUGAUUUUUUGUUUUCAGAAGAGGAGGAUAUUUCAGCCUUGGGAGUGGAUGAUGAGUCUUGUGGAGUAUAUCCGAGUGAGAAAGAUAAUUUAUGCGUAGGGGAUUGCUUAGGAGAAGCUCUAUCCCUAGGAUCGCCCAGAGAAGAGAAAUUAUGUGUAGGGGAUUGCUUAGGAGAAGCAUUACCCCUAGGAUCGCUUUCAGUUGACCAGACACAGGAUGAGUUGAAGCAAUUACCGCCACAUUUGAAGUAUGCUUAUUUAGGAGAGAACCAGCAGCUACUUGUCAUCAUAGCCCAGAAUCUAGAACCAGAACAAGAAAGCAGAUUAUUAGAGAUUUUGAGGCAGCACAGGAAGGCCAUUGGAUGGACUUUAGCAGAUAUUCCUGGUAUUAGUCCUUCUAUUUGCAUGCACAGGAUUUACUUGGAGGAGGAUGUGAAACCAGUGAGACAACCCCAGAGGAGACUUAACCCGCUGAUCCUUGAUGUGGUAAAGAAAGAGGUGACUAGACUUCUACAGGCAGGUAUCAUUUACCCUAUUUCUGAUAGUAAGUGGGUAAGUCUUAUCCAUGUGGUUCCAAAGAAAUCAGGGGUGACAGUUGUGACUAAUGAAGAGAAUGAGGUAGUGCCCACCAGAGUGAAGAAUUCUUGGAGAGUUUGUGUGGACUAUAGGAAACUGAACCAAGCAAGCAGAAAGGACCACUACCCCCUACCUUUUAUUGAUCAGAUGUUGGAAAGACUAGCGGGCAAGUCACAUUAUUGCUUCCUAGAUGGUUUCACGGGAUAUUUUCAUAUUUGCAUCGAUCCAGAGGAUCAGGAGAAGACCACCUUCACUUGUCCUUUCGGUACAUUUGCCUACAGACGGAUGCCAUUUGGAUUAUGCAACGCUCCAAGAACUUUUCAGCGAUGCAUGGUAAGUAUUUUUGGUGAUUUAUUAGAGCAUUGCAUGGAAGUUUUCAUGGAUGAUUUUUCUGUAUAUGGUUCAUCAUUUAAUGCAUGUCUAGAAAAUUUGUCUAGGGUUUUAGAUAGAUGCAUUGAGACUGACUUGGUACUUAAUUUUGAAAAAUGUCAUUUUAUGGUUGAGCAUGGUAUUGUUUUAGGACACAUAGUCUCUAAGAGAGGUAUUGAGGUAGAUCCUGCUAAAGUUAGCGCUAUAUCUUCUUUAUCUUACCCCGCAUGCGUGCGGGAUGUUCGAGCUUUUCUUGGCCAUGCAGGAUUCUACAGGAGAUUUAUUAGGGACUUCAGUAAGAUUGCUCUUCCACUGUCUCAGUUGCUUCAAAAAGAUGUGGAGUUUCAGUUUGAUCAGAGGUGUAAGGAAGCUUUUCAGAGAUUGAAGGAGGCUUUGAUUUCUGCACCUAUCAUCAGGCCACCAGAUUGGGCUUUACCUUUUGAGCUGAUGUGUGAUGCUUCAAAUUUUGCCAUAGGGGCAGUACUUGCACAGAGAGUAGAGGGAGCACCGCAUGUGAUCUGCUAUGCAUCAAAGACCCUGGAUUCGGCUCAAGCAAAUUACACCACGACAGAAAAAGAGCUUCUUGCCAUUGUUUUUGCUUUAGAUAAAUUCAGAUCAUAUUUAUUAUGUUCUCACGUGGUUGUAUUUUCUAAUCAUGCAGCGUUGAAGUUUCUCCUCAAGAAGCCAGAUGCUAAGCCCAGAUUGAUUAGAUGGAUGCUUCUCCUCCAGGAGUUUGAUUUGGAGAUUCGUGAUAGGAGUGGGAAGGAGAACUUGGUUGCAGAUCAUUUAAGCAGAAUUGAAGGGGAUUUGGACCACAUGGUUAUUGAUGAUGAUUUUAGAGAUGAGCAGCUCUUCAGGGUGCAUGGAAUAGGCUCAUUGGACUACAAGAAUUUGGAUUGGGCCCGAUCCAUUAAAUGGAACUUUCCUCUUGAGCUAACCCAUGUCAAACCUUCUCAUCAAAUCCCUAAUUUUCCUCCUAAACUAAGCCCUAAACCAAAUGCAAAUCCCGGUUCAAACCUUGGUAUAAAACCCAAAAGAAUCGCGGAUGAACAGUGGCUGCGCCUACUGUUCAUCGUGCCAUCGGCGAUUUCUUCUCCGUUAGCGCGCGCGCAAGCCCCCGAUUCCAGUGAUAAUCUCAUCUUGAGCUACAGAUCCAUAGAGGAAGAUGCAAGGAAGCUGCUGACCUAUUUUUCCUGAAGCUGGAAGUUCGCCGGAGAGGUCUCGACGGCAAAUUUUGCUGGGAUUCGAUCUUCAUCUCCACUCCUGUUUGAACGGUGAUGAUAGUAGGAGUUCAUCCUCUGUAUUCGGGGAACAUCAGAGAGGUUUCUAUGAUGGAUUUCGACUUACAUCAGUCCGCCAUCCACCAUCCUGCAGCAAGCCAUUGCUGAGCACAGAACUGAAUCUCAGAUCCAGAUUUCGACAAUUCCACACAGAUCUGAACCUGUACUCUUCCAGAGAGGUUUCUUUGGUCAAGAUCAGCGGAGUUCAGAUCUGAAAACAGAUCAGCUGCGUUCUUUUUCUGCUUUUUUGGAUUUAGCAUUUGAGGUUUCAAGUGAGGACUCUUGUGUGACGACAAGAGUUGUGAUUCAAGAAUUGGUUGUGAUUGGAAUUGGUUUAGUUUUAAUCCUGCAUUUCAUUACUGUUCUUAGCUACAUCUAGAUCUCGUUUGUAGCACAGUUUAUUGCAUAGAUUAGUUUCUUUCCAGAAUUUUGCUUUCAAUCCCUGUUCUGUAAUGCAGAAAUACCAUCAAGUUUCUGAUAGUGUAAUCAGUUUUCAAUCUUUGAA